UCCCAAAUCAGCCACCCCAACCCCGAAGGCGGGGUUAGAGUGUGCACCAGCCUAUCAGAUGGCAAGAUGGAGAGGCUGAGCAGGUACCCACCCCACCCUUUCUCCCUUUUAAAUCUCUCCCUGCAGCUCAGGGAUGUUUAGUCCAGAGCCAGCAAAACCCCCCUGGAAGAGAGGGGGGAAAAAAAACCCCAGCAUGGCUGAGCUGCAAUGUGUCCAGCUUUCAACGGAGAACGUUACCAGCACCGUCUACAUCCUGGGCACUGAACUCUGCCUGGACAUCCAUGGGGCAGCCCCGAAGACUGCGACCUCCUUCGAGAUCUGGGCCUCCCAAGGCCUGAACAUCUACAAAAUCGAAAAUCAGAUGACAAAAUCGAAGGCCUGCUGCCAUGACUCAAAAUGGCCGCUGGACAAGAGCGUGAAGUUCAGGGCCACCAUGGAUGCGCCAAGCAACCAAGUCAAUGACGAAAAGAUCAGAGUUUUGUACUAUGAAGGUAAAGGCAAUGUCCCCAUCGCCAAAGCGAUUCUGCAUAUUACCGGCAUAGAAAUGUCCUUGGAUGCUGAUACAAACCGUUCGGGAACGGUGACGAAAGGAGGGAAACAAAAGGACCAGUGGACGUGGGGGCCGGAUGGAAAGGGCGCCAUUCUCUUGGUGAACUGUGACCGAGACAACCCUAAAGACGAAAAGGAAGACAACAAGGACACCAAGCUGACGUCCAAGGAAGACCUGCAGGACAUGUCCCUUAUGAUCCUGACAACUCAGGGACCUAAUGAAGUUUUUGAAGACUACCAGCUGACUCUCCACAUCUCGAAAGCUGAUUGUGACAAAGUGGGAGUCUUCUACUCUAAAAACAGGAAGGAGAAGAAAUAUUACAAACACGUUCUAGGAUCCGAAAAGAUCUCCUACCACGUGAAACGGAAGCCUGGUCAAGUGGAGAGCGUUUUCUACGUGGAAGGGCUGAAAUUUCCUGACGUUGACUUCUCGGGGCUUGUCACUUUCCACGCUUCACUCCUGGAGCCCGUCAAGAAGGAGGUCCUAGAAACUUCCAUUUUCACGGAUACUUUGGUCUUCCGGGUGGCUCCAUGGAUCAUGACCCCAAACACCUUGCAGCCAGUUACGGUUUACGUCUGCAGUGUCGAGGGUAAUAAGGAUUUUGUGGAACAUAUAAAGAAGCUUGCGACAAAAGCUGGAUGCAAAUUUAUUAUCAGCCCGGAAGAGGAAAAUAGGGACGACCGAUGGAUCCAGGACGAGAUGGAGUUUGGCUACGUCCAGGCUCCCCACAAAACAUUCCCAGUUGUCUUUGACUCCCCAAGGAACAGAGGCCUGAAUUACUUCCCCUUUAAGGAGGUUUUGGGUCCAGAUUUUGGGUAUGUAAAACGGGAACUAUCCUCCCAGCGGUCUUCUAGUAGCCUGGACUCCUUUGGGAAUCUCGAAGUCAGCCCGCCGGUGAAUGUCAAAAGCAAGGAAUAUCUCCUUGGGCGUAUCCUAAUAGGAUCCUCUUUUCCUAGGAAUGCCCCAAUGUCCCAACUGGUCAAGGAUUUCCUCCACAGCCAAGUUGUACAAUCUCCCAUUGAACUCUACACGGAUUGGCUCCUUGUGGGACACGUAGAUGAAUUCCUCAGCUUCGUACCUGCCCCAGACCGGAAGGGUUUCCGCAUGCUGCUGGCCAGCCCAAACGCCUGCUAUAAACUGUUGGAAAAGAAGGAAAAGGAAGGCUACGGGAAAGCCAAAAUGCCUGACGGAAUUGAAUCUACAGGAAGUGGUCGGCAGCCCCGUCCCAUAUCAGAAAUCAUUGCCGACAAAUUCUUAAGAGAGUGGAAUGGACACUGCCAAAGGUGUAUUGAUUGGAACAAAGACAUCCUUAAAGGGGAGCUGGGCCUGGAAGAGGAAGACAUCAUCGAGAUACCUCAGCUGUUCCAUCCUUAUCUCAGGUUGCCUUUGUCUCCUAUUACUCGAGUGGUCCAGGCUUCCGCUGAGGCUUAUUUCCCAGACAUGGUAAAUAUGAUUGUCCUGGGGAAACACCUGGGCAUCCCAAAGCCGUUUGGACCCAUCAUCGACGGCCAAUGCUGCUUGGAGAAAGAGGUCCGCCGUCUCCUGGAGCCCUUAGGCUUGUCCUGCAAUUUCGUUGACGACUACGGAACUUACUACCUCCAACAUGGCGAUGUUCAUUGUGGCACAAAUGUCCGUCGGAAGCCCUUUUCCUUCCAGUGGUGGAACAUGAGGCCUUGAGGGCCUCAUCACGCCUUCUGUUUUCCACCCGAAGAUGAUGACGAGACAGGCCUUGUGUGUCUUCUCCCGCACUUCCUCAGGAAAUCCAGUAACUCUCCCAAGAAUUCCUGGGUGAUUCCUCUUUGGGUUAUUACGAAGAUGCUUGCAAGCUUCUCUUUUGAUUUAGACUUCCUCUAAAGAAUAUCUAAGAAGGCUUUCCUCAUUUCUAAGUGUAUCAGGUCUGCCAAAAUGUUGUUAGUUGUGUUCCCCAAUCACCCAAAAGAACAGAGGGCAGCUAAGUUCAAGGAGGGGUGUCAAAACUCACGGGCCACGAAGCACCACAUGCUGGCCACGCCCACCCCCGGGUUAGCAAAGGGGAAAAGUUGAUACUUCCCGUGACGACAACAUGAUGAUGGGAGUUUGACACCCUUUCUCUAAUCCUUCUCCUUAUCCACACACAACAAUCCAAAACCUAGUUCUAGAGGUCCAAUGAAACAUUUCAUAACCCUCAUUCAGGGGUUGGAGCUACAAAGGUCCUAACCAGAAGCCCCCCGUUCAAUUCUGGAGCCGACCGGAAGUCCGGU